AUGGCACCAACAAGCAGCCACUACCGGUGUGCCUCUGACCAAGACCUUCCUGUCCUCGGAGUCAUCACAGCUCCGACUACGCUGGCUAAGGACGACAAACCCAAACAACAAAAGUUCGUCGUCACCCGUCUGCAGCUGAACCUCCUCGGUCGAGAAUCAUGCAGAAGCCUAGGUCUAUCCCUGGACCAGCUCCUUUACAACAAAGUCAACAAGGUCUUCCAGGACAUCAAGCCUGAUACUUCCCUGCAGAGCUCCUGCCAUCAACUAUGUCAGGAGUUCCCAGACUUGCUCAAGAAAGAGCUGGGGACACUCAAGGACUUCGAGCUGGAGGUCCAAUUCAAGCCAGACGUCCAGUCAGUUUUUCACAAGCCUCGUCCAGUCCCUACUGCAGUACAGGAAGACCUGGAUAGUGCCAUUAAAGCCGGCAUCAACAGAGGUAUCUGGGAGCCAGUCCAGUUCAACUCAUAUGGUACGCCAGUGGUACCUAUCAAGAAGAAGUCUCCACAAGGUCAGAGCAGUAUCAGAGUCUGCGGUGACUACUCUGUCACUGUGAACCAGCAACUGGAGACACAUCGUCACCCGAUGCCACAGCCGGAGGAUCUCAUGCGGAGACUGGGUCGAGGCCACUGUUUCACGAAGAUUGACCUCGCUGACGCAUACAAUCAGAUCUGCCUUGGCCCAGAGUCGCAGAAUAAGCUUGCACUCAGCACUCACAAAGGCGUCCUGCUACAGAAACGCCUGCCGUUUGGAAUAACCUCUGCUCUCGGUUAUUUCCAAGAAAUCAUGGACCAUUUAACUCAAGACCUGCCUGGUGUUGCCGUCUACCUGGACGACAUCCUUGUCAGCGGUAACAAUGCGGCGGAACACCUGCAGAACCUCCGAGGCCUGCUCCAGCGUCUACAAGACAAGGGACUACACUGCCCGUUGGAGAAGUGCUCCUUUGCUCAGCCUUUUGUAGAGUACCUGGGACACUACCUUUCCAAGAACGGUAUUGCUAAAGGUCCAAAAACAGAUGCCAUCAUGAAGAUGCCAGCACCUUCCAACGAGUCCAGCUUGAGAUCUUUCUUAGGCCAAUUCAAGCUCUGGCAGCAAAUCGACUGGCCAGAUGGGCUCUCACUCUGA